CAAAAGGGACGCGUUCAUCCGGAAAGCAGAAAACUGGCGCUCCAAAUUGGAGGAAGAAACGAAGUAGCAUCAUGUUAUCUUUGGCCAGUCCCCAUCCUCUUCACCGCCUAGAAUUUUUCCAUCACCAAUCCAACAAGAAGAUUUCGUUUCGGUGCGCCAAGAUUUCCCAUAACAAGCUAGAUUCUCCAUGUUGGUCCUCUAGAUUCUCUGGGAGUUGGAACUUGCUGUCCUCCAGAAGAAGAUUUCAUGCACAGUCUCCAAGAACAGAGGGUGAUUUGACAGAAAGUAUCCAAGUUUCUGAGGAGAGAAUUAUUAGUUCCACGAAGGCUGAGAGCCCAGCUAACAGCUUCUUGUCUGUACUCUGCCCUCUCCUAAAAUUAUUUGGGGGGCGAGAUCCUUCUCAAGAGCGGAAUGAAUAUCUAGAGGUUGCAACGUCUUCACUAUCUAGUCUGGCAAGAUUUCCAUGGGGGUCAAAAGCAUUGAGUGGCAUCUCUAGAACAAAUCCACUACACUUGCAACUAUAUGAAUUUGAGGCAUGCCCUUUUUGUAGGAGAGUCCGAGAGGCCAUGACUGAGCUGGAUCUCUCUGUAGAGGUGUAUCCUUGCCCAAAAGGAUCAUUAAGACAUAGAGAAAUUGUUCGAAAGAUUGGUGGAAAGGAGCUGUUUCCGUUUCUUGUUGACUUGAACACUGGUAUCUCCAUGUAUGAAAGUGGUGAUAUAGUUAAAUACCUAUUCCAACAAUAUGGUCAAGGAACAAACCCCACAUUUGGGCUCCUAGAGAGCACAUUGUUCACAGGAUGGGUGCCUACUCUUCUUCGAGCCGGCAGAGGAAUGACAUUAUGGCACAGAGCAGGAUUAGAACCUUCAAAGAAGUUGAAGCUUUUCUCAUAUGAAAACAAUGCGUAUGCAAGGCUUGUACGUGAAGCACUGUGUGAAUUGGAAAUGCCUUACAUUCUCCAUAAUGUGGGAGAGGGGUCAUCAAAUUCUGAGUUGCUCUUAAAGGCAUCUGGUUCUAAAGAGGUACCUUAUCUUAUUGAUCCUAACACUGGGUUUAGACUGGGUGACUACAAGAAGAUCCUGUCUUACUUAUUUCAGACAUACUCCACCAGCAGCUAGCCUUUGUUUGUUCCAUCAGUUCAGAAGAGCCAUGUUGCGAGGCAUCUUGAUACAUCUAUUCACUUCUUCUAGGUAGCCUAUGCCAUUGAGCCCUUCACCGUCACUUAGAUAGGCAAUAGGAUGAAAUUUUGUAACAUUUCAACUAGAUACACUGUAAAGUGUAAACAUUUCAUCAACAAUUUUAUGUGUUAUAUUUUCCAGAAAUUCUUCCUCUGUUCCUGUCAGAAACUUCAUAUUCCUAUAAAUCAAGCACUGCAAUUGUGAAAUUA